AUGGCGCAUCCAUUCGCUUCGACCCCGGUGUAUGGGGGCACAACAUCAUACACACCGCAACGACCAUAUUACCCUCCCUUUCCACCUAACGCACUGCAGCAGCAGAUACACACUCCGCCAGGCUUACCGCAACAACCUCCACACCCACCUGGCUCCUACCAGCCAAGUCCCUCAAACAAUGCGCCUAGAUUCGACGCAAACUCCCAGAUCCGACCUCCUGCGCCUCCCUUUCCUCCAUUCCCUCCUCCUCCUGCCGCCUUCAACCCGGAUCUCUUCAAACAGUUCGCAAGCGCAGGCCUACCGCCUCCGCCUCCUUUAUCGUUUCCUCCCGUGCCUAUCCCCACGACUGGGUAUCCACAGUUUGCCCCUUCGAUGAGCAGCUCAGCUCCAACACCUUACGCUCAUCAUAGCACACCCGGAAAUCAAUUGGAUGGCCCGAGGUACGGACCAAAUGAACCAGUGCAACAGUACUUAUCAGAUCCUUUCGGAGGCACACAACAUAGUCAAAGUGAGAGCCGGGAACCCCGUCACAGACCGCAGGCAUAUGGUGCACCAAGCGUGACCCAGAAGGGAGUCUCCCACGUUGGACAUUCCACAAGAGCUGGGGACAACGACCUUGAUACGGAUCUUCCAUCCUUCGGCUCAAAGUCCGACCUUGACCUACUCUUUGCUACUGCACAGGGGCAGGCCGAGCAUUCAGCAAGUGGCUGGAGAAUGGGAAACGCCCCUUCCACUGUCGAAUCCUCGGCGAACGAUGGGGCUGUAUCGCCAUAUGACCCGUCUCGUCCCGCUACGAUCCAGGACCGGGCGACCGGCCGCUUCAGCGCAUCCGCUUCGACCUCUCAAGCGGUAGUCCCCAGACCGAUUGUAAGGACGUAUGACAACAAGUCGCCAGCUGAGCUUAGGCAACUUGCGAAAGGAGCUCUGUUAUCUCUUGUCCCCCACAAUAUUUUCUACAGGGAUCUAGUUAAGGAAGGCGUGCACCCACAGUUGUUACGAGGUCUAUAUGGAGAACUUGGUAUUAAGGUUGAGCCGGAUGAUACAAAAUGGGCGCCAGAGCUGCACAAUCAACCGGCCUCAGCAACUACCACGGACGUUCCGCCUACAUCGCAGCAACCUGGCAUAAAUCCAUUGGACACCGAUGCCCAAGAAGCACAGGUCAAAUCUCAGGAGCCGCAAUCGCAGGCCUCCACCACAAGCCUCCGGCCGAGCGGUCUACAACAGAACGAAGGGCCGCCCUUGUCAAAAUUACCGGAUGUUCAGACUUCCCAGCCAGCCUCGAGUCCCAAUCUGGAACGUAAGGACCGCAUUGCUCAGUUACUGGCAGCGAAAACAGGACGUCCUUCUCCUGCUACUCCAAGUACCGUUGCUUCAGCCAAUGAUGAGCCCUCGACGUCCAUUUCAGUCGCGAAACCUGUUCAACCAGCGGACUCUGUGGCUUUCAGCACUUUACCUGCACUCCAGGAGGCCCCGAGCUUGCCUAAAGCCCGAGCACAGACAGAGGUGGUGAAACAACGAAUGGAGCAGUUGAGACGCGAGGCACAGUCGAAAGCAGCAAUGCCAACGCGGGAUGGCAGUUCAGCAGCCAUCACGACUACCGACGGAAAGACCAUCACAGAUCCGGAGAACAGGAGCUCUCAACCCGAAUCCACUACGUCUGCACCGCGGGAAACGGUUCUCGAAUACCAAGGCUCGUCCGCACAAUCGAGCUUUAUGAUACCCGGUUUGUUCAUGACUUCCAGCGGAAGUUUCGCCGUAGAGGAGACUACAAAACAAUCAGCAGUACUUACCUCUGGCAACGAUACUGAGAUGGGGGGCAUAGCGGACAAUGAAUAUAAUCCUCAUAUUGCGGCUGCGGUGGUGGAGCCAGACGGCUCGCCCUCUCCCACGGUGACCCAGAAACGCCCUUUGACUUUGGAAGCCGGCGACUCGGGUCUGCAGCCUCAGACAAAGAAAUUAAACAUGGGAGAGUACACACAAGCAACAGCUGCUGCCGGAGAUGCUGAAGAAGACAGUCAAUCUGAAGGAGAGAUCGUCGAGGACAAUGGAGCUGACAUGAUGGAGACAGCGCCAGGAGCAGCACCACAAGGCUUUACAGAGGGGGAUGACUCGGGACUGGCCAUGCUUCCGAAGCCAGAGAUGUCUCUUCCUUCAUUAACAGCUUUGCAGCAAGGGUCAGCCAGUCCCGCUAGCGAGGGUGGAGGUGGACGGCUGUACCGUGCCAAACAGUCGGAAAUUGAAGCAAUGCGCCGGAAGAUAGCUGAACUGGAACAGCGCAACAGACUGAAGCGAAGCAAAAGUCAAAUGGACUCCGCGAUAUCGUCGAACCCGUCAACCCCAGCAACUGGUCGUGAUGGACAACAUUUGAGCAGCCCUCCAGCUCCACAGCCCUCCAUCCCAGCUGGUGCUAGUGCUUCCUCAGAGUCUGUCCAGAAACAGCCUCCAUCGACCCGGCCAAUCUCUAAGUUGACUCCUGCACAACUAGCAGAACGAGCGGCAGUCUUGAAAGCCGAUCUGUUAAGACAGCGGGCACAACGACAGCAAGUUCUACAAGAGGGCUUGCCUGACCUCAAUGCAGAAGUGCAGAAGACUGAAGACCGUCUCGAGAGAGCACGUAGCGAUCUUGCCCGUGCUCAGACAGAGGUAGACAGCUAUCGCACAGCCUUGGAGAAAUCAACAAGGAGAGUGAAUGAGCUAUCAGAAGAGAUUGCCGAGCUUGAAAAGCAGCUUCAGGAGGGUCGUUCUGGCCAAAGACAGUAUUCUGAUGAGCUCCAGCAAAUCAAACUCGAAAAACUUGCGGAAGCCCAGGAAGCUCCUUCGGAGGCGUCUGAACCUCUUCCUCGGUCAGACCCGAAGAAGAACCCAGACGGUCCGUCUCCACCUGCUGCAGCUGCCGUGGGAAUGGCGCAUGACGAGUCAAGAGCUCGCUCGGACCUUUCAAGUGGCCGAAUGCCCCCUCACGCGACUUUCGAAGACUCUGAUGUCCCUGAGCCUGCCAACGACGCCGCUUCCGCGAACGGACAUGCCUCUGAUGCUCGGCCAGAAUCCUCAUUUACCUCUGAUGCUCUACAGCAAGAGGAGCCGGACUCCGAGGAAUCCUUCGAGGCGACCACAGGUGUUGAUGCUCUGCAAACAGAUGCAAUGGAAAUUUCACCUGAGCCAGAAUACGUACCCGAGAUCCACCAAACUAUGCCGCCUGCUUUUGACUCUCGACAACCAUGCAACGACCGAUCAAUGGACGUGGAUAAUGAUAGUGAGGGGAGUGUCAGCAUGUCUGAUAGUGGUUCCGAGGAUAUGGAGGAUGAAGGAGACUACGAGCCUGCUGAUAUUGAUACCAGUCAACCCAUGCAGCAAUCCGACGAAGAUUCUGAAGAAUACGACCCUGAAGAAGCUCCUGUGGAGGACUUGACACCGACAACCGGAGUCGACGACGAAAAUAUGGAUGUCUACGAGCCCGACGCCUACAAGCCCGCCGAACAUCUACCCGAAACCCAGCCUGGCCGAUCCGACGACAUAGCAGAUGAGCCCGUUGAAGAAGGCGAAGUCGUGUCGGCGGUCUCACCGGAGACCAAGGUCGAUGACGCCGAGUCUGGUCCUCAGCUGACAGAGGCAAACCGCCUGACCAACUUGACGCAAGAUGCGCCUGCUGAUGAUUCACAAGAAUCCUCACCCAUUCUUGACAUCAAUCCGCCCCCAAAAACUCAUUUUGUCCCGUAUAAGACGCCUCUUAGUGCAUUCAAGACAUAUCGUUUCCACCCGGCCUACAACGAGACUGUCAAGACAGGGUUUCGGUCGUUGACUUACAGCAACCAGAUUGACCCAUCACGUCCUCUAUGUCCGACCGAACUCUCUGGCGAGCCUUGCAGAGAUUCGAAGUGUGAAGAACAGCACUUUAGCCAGCUUGGACUUUCUGACGAGAAGAUUCUUGUGCAGAUGAGUUCAGCCGCCGACAUCAAAGACAAAGUGCUGCGGGAUCAGUUCAUCGUCGGUUUGAAGCAGGUGAUUGCAGAUUUGAAGUCUCGGGACGUCAAAGACUUCGAGGAAGUGGCGGCUGCACUGUCAACAUAUCGGCGCACGUUCUUUGCAGAGAAGGAGGAGGCCUCCUAG